UACCACACACCCCAAUCCAUCUCUUUCAUUUUUUUUUCGCUACAACGGAAAGAAUCCAUCUCUUUCAUUCAUACUGCUCUUAGCCUCCCUUGUUGCUUCUCCUUCUUAUCUUGCCGAUUGGCGCCAUCGCGGGUCACUAGCUAUGCCGCUCUUCGCUCUUCCCCGCCGCCGCUCUUCGCUCGUCGCCACCUCCCCUCUUCACUUGUCGUCGUCGCCGCUCUUCGCUGAUUUAUACAAUAUCAUUCCAUCCGAGUCAAAAAGGGUAAGAGGGAUUUCUAUGAAACGUCGGCCUGAGGAAAUGAAGAUGGAUGAAUCUGCAAAUUAUUGCGAAAAGAGAUGGGGGUUUCUUUUGUAUUUAAUGAAGGGGCUCGGCCUCACAAUAGAAACCAUCGAUCUUUUUAUUGAGGAAAGGAAGAUGGACGAAUCUGCAAAGAAAUCGAAGCGGCUGGACGUCGUGAAGGAGUUAAUUAAAGAUCAUCGAGUUACAGGGAUUUUUGGGUUGGGUAAAAUUACUACUGGAAAACGUUCCUUCAGCGCCACAUUUGAAUCUGGACUCAAAAUAUCGAGGAAUCUUUUGAAUGAGAAAAGGAAGAUGGAUGAAUCUGCAAAUUAUUGCGAAAAGAGAUCGGAAGGAGGGUGGAUUGAGUUAACUGAAGAAGGUCCUCGAGUUAUAGCGAUUUCUGCGAUGGGUGGGGUGGGUAAGACGACUCUUGCAAAAUCUAGCUUCAGCAACAUAUUUGAAUCUCGACUCAAAAGGGUAUCGAUGGAUUUUUGCGAUGUGGAGAGUGGAAUAGAUGGUAAUUCUUUGUUUGAUUUUCAUCUCCUAGUCCUAGACUAUAAAGGAAAAAUUGCUUUCACUUCAACCAAACAAUUCCAGACCUCAACAGAAUUGCCUCCCUUGAACUCUGGGGGUUUUGUGGUUAUGGACAUCUCAUAUGAUCUACCUCAUUUAGAGAAUGUUGAUAUCAGUAAUCACGGGAUUGUUCAAGAACCUAGAGCUAUGAUAACCUGGGAUUUAACCAAACAAAAAAUCAAGCAGCCUGGUGAUUACAGUCAGAGAGAGUUGUUCAACGGCUCAAGGGAUUUGCCUGAAGAAAAAAUCAAGCAUAGAGGGUUGUCUGAAAACUUGAUGAGGGAUUUUACCAUACAAAUAAUGAAAUCCACCCAUGAUGAUUACUUUCAUAGAGGGUUGUCCAAUGGGGCAUGUGAUAUAAGCAUUGUUGGGCCUUCUGUUGGUAUCAGAAUUGUUUUUCUACUGGUAGCCACACUAAUUGCGGCAACAACCUGCCAAGUACCUUUUCACUUCCUUGGUAGCACUUCUUCCAAAGAGGUGCCAGAUCAAUUCAAAAUCAUGCGUACCUUGUUCAUUCUGUGCAAUUCCAUGGUGUUCAUUGCAUCGGUGGGUGUUGUUACGUUCCUCCUGCAUGAAUUCCCACUAAAGCCGUGGCCUCAUAUCUCAAUUUCGGCUCUAUUUGGUUCUUAUAUGCUGUCAUUAAAUGCAAUCAUGCCCAAUGGAGCUCUGGCGCUUUUCUUCAUAUCAAUUCCCAUUUUGUUGAUUGGCAUCUGCAGGGAAACUUUAUGGCUUUGCAAACCAUAGACUUACUUGAGCACUUUAACAUCUGGUGCUUCCUGUUGUUGGGUCUUGGUUGCAUGACUGUAUUAUUUACCGCUUUGCUUAGUGGGUCUGUUAUUAAUUUCUAAGUGUGUAUGAAAAACAACUUGGGUAUUCCCUGAGCUGAUUAUGCAAUCAUGCUGAUUCUGUAUUGGCACAAUAAAUAUUCAUGUUUUAUGUGUGUAGUACCUUCCACUAUUAUGAUUGGUGGCAAGUAAUAGAAUAAGUCAUAUUAUUGUGGCAAGUAAUAGAAUAAGUCAUAUGAUUGGGUGUUUGGGAAA